AUGUCAUUAAACCAAGAAAAUCAAAAUCUUAUAACUCUUGAAGGUGGAGUACUAAAAAGAGUCGACGAUUUUCUUUAUCUGGGCAGCUGGAUAGGUUCAUCAGCAAAGGACAUUGAAACGAAAAUUUCAAAAGCUUGGCUGGCAAUGAACAAGAUGGAACUAAUAUGGAAAUCAGAUAUCCCAAAAGAAACCAAAAUAUCAUUUUUUAGAACAUCAGUUGAAUCAGUGUUGUUGAAUGGCUGCGGUGCAUGGACUUUGACCCAAACCUUGGAGAAGAAACUAGAUGGAGCCUGCACUAAAAUGCAAAGUGUUGUCCAAAAUGUAAACUGGUGUAAUCACGUCUCAAAUAAAACGCUUUACGGGAGCUUACCCAAGAUUACAACUACAAUUGCCCAAAGGCGACUAAGAUUUGCAGGUCACUGCUGGAGGAGUAAACAAGAAGUUGUUCACAAACUUUUACUUUGGGAGCUCGCUCAUGGAAGGCGUAGCGGGGGAAGACCUGCUCUAACAUUCAUCGACCAACUCAUCAAAGAGACCAACAUAACCAAGGAGCAACUACCAGGAGCCAUGGGCGACCCAAGGGAAUACCCCGAUCUGCCUCAGACGGAGCAGUUCAUCAGGGAUUAUUCUUCAUGGGUCAAAGGUCAAGGCUCAUCGCUGUGCAUCUGGCGCGCCCUCGCAUAG